AUGCCCUCAGUCGUAUCGCGAGUCACGAGCCCGCCAGAGCGCAAGAGGAAAGCUCAUGCUAAGUCCCGCAAGGGUUGUGGGAACUGCAAGCUCAGACGAGUCAAGUGCGACGAGGAUAAGCCUAAGUGUAAGAAAUGCGUACUAUACGGCGUCUCCUGCGACUACGAUGGCUCCAAGCCCUCGCUUGAUCUCAGCGCCGAAGGUGCCUUCCAGGUCAAUCUGCCGCGUGCGGAAGCAACGCUUGACUUCAGCGUUGCACCGGAGAAGCCUCCCGUAUCGCUAAGCAAAGUGAAUGCUGCGGUGGUACAUCAUUCGCUAUCCGAUACUACAGACAACCGGGCAGACGGCCUAAUCGUAAAGAGGUUCCAAACGCGGACUGUGUCUACCAUCGGGAGUAAAGAGGCUUCUUCCACAUAUCGAGGUUGCAUUAGCCACUUAGCAUUCAGCCACCCCUUCCUCAUGCACAUGGUCCUCAGCCUCACCCUCCUCCACGACGCGCACCUCUCCACAUCCCCGUCCUCCGACCUCGCCACGUCCUUCCAAAAUGCCUCCCUCACGCACUGGAACACGGCCACCAAGCUCUUCAACGCCCUCCUCUCCCGCCCUAUCCCCCCCUCCCACCGCGAUGCCAUCUGGGCCACGGGCGCCCUCCUCGGCACCGCAUCAAUGGCCUACAUCGAGUCGUCCGACCCGGCGCACGCCUGGCCCCUCAAGCCCCCUGACCCAAACGACCUCAACUGGCUCAAGCUCGCCGAGGGCAAGCGCGCCAUCUGGCAGAUUGCCGACCCCAGCCGCCCAGACAGCAUGUUCUACCAGCUCGGCAAGCACAUGAACCACACACAGCGGCCAGACUGGGUGGCGCAGCCGGAUUUCAGCUCCGUGCCGCCGCGGCUGGCGCGGCUGUUCGACAUCACAGAGCACGAUAGCGUCGAAAGUAAUAUAUACUACCUCCCGCUGCUGUGCGUGCAGCGCACGCAGGCGCUGACGCUCACGCACGAGUUGGUGCUCCCGUUCAUUCGGUUCUUGCUGUACAUGACGCCGGAGUUUCGGGCGCUGCUGGAGCUCAAGGAUGCGAGGGCGCUGCUGCUGCUGCUGUGGUGGUUUCGGCGGGUGGAGGCGGGACAUGCGGAUUUGUGGUGGAUGACUAGGCGGGCGAAGAUCGAGGGGAGGGCGAUUGAGAUUUGGCUGGAGAGGUGGUACGGGGGGGAAGAGGGGCUGAUUGAGAUGUUUGAGCGGGUGAGGGGGGGCGCGGGCGGGGAGGUGCUGGCUGGGCAGUGGCAGGAGGAUCCGGCGGUAGUGUUGAAGGGGUGUACGGGGUGGGCAAAGGAGGUGCAGAGUGCGGGUGUUUUUGCGCAGUGA